CUGCCUUACAACCGGAAGUAGCUACUCCUCUAUCACUGUCAUCGUUUUUGUGUUUACCAAUUUACUGCUUAUGAGGCUGUAAUGCAUCAACCGUCGGUUGCAGGUCUUUCUGGCCUUUGUCGUGUUACGGAGCAUCUUUAUAUAAGUAACAGCAAAGCGGCCAGUCUCGUCUCUCUGCUGAGUAUGAACAGGAUAACGUGCAUCAUUAACGUCGCUGAGACCAAGAGCAGAAGCCCCCCUCAUGGUGUAGAGUACAUCCACAUCCCCCUGUCUGACUCUCCUUCCACACCCCUCGCAGAUCACUUUGACGAUGUGGUGGACAAAAUCCAUCAGACAGCGCUAUGCGGCGGCCGGACGUUGGUGCACUGCAACGCCGGGGUGAGCCGCUCGGCGACACUGUGCAUGGCCUUCCUAGUCAAGCACCACAGUGUGACUUUACUGGAGGCUCACGCGCGGGUCAAGACAUGCAGACCCAUGGUGAGGCCCAAUAACGGCUUCUGGAAGCAGCUAAUACAGUAUGAGAAGGAGCUUCUUGGGUGCACUUCUGUUCGGAUGGUGUCCUCGUCUAUGGGAGAGAUACCUGACAUUUAUGAAGAGGAAGCCAGAAAUAUGAUGCCAUUCUGACAGCCUGCUGUUACGCAGGUGUGUGGGAACCAUGCAGGAGAAUCAUGACGUGGAUGUGAUAUUGUUUGUACAAAUAUAACAGUGUUCACUUUAACAGUGCGAUACUACAUCACGCACUGCAUUGAUGUCUGCUAAUUUAUCUGAGUAUUAUCAAUUGUUAAAGCAGUAUUUUUUGUCAAAAUCGUGCAGGUUGUGCUACACACACAGUGGAAAUGACCAAUAACUAUGACCUACUUUUUGAUCAAGUCCAUUACAACUAUUAUGCACUGCACUAAUGUCUGCUAAUUUAUCUGAGCAUUAUCAAUUGUUCAGGCACAAUUUUUUCUCAAAAUUGUAUAGGCUAUGCUACAUACACAGCGGAAAUAACCAUGACCUACUUUUUGCUCAGGUUUUCCCUUGUGAGGUAUAUGAUGCAGAUGAAAGUGAUGAUGGAAAGUCCAUUAACAACUAUUAAGCAUAAAACAUUUAUUUUACACUACACACCAACAGCAGGAUGUUCUAAGAAUUGUAGCCAGGUUGAUAAAAAUAUGGCUUUGCAGAUUUCCAAAUAAAAUGUGGGAAAAAAUAUUACCCUUACCAGCUGGAAAUAGAUAUUUUCAAUCCAAUACAGUAACUCAUUGAAUACAAACAAAAAACUGUCAUUUUCAAUUUGGCACAUAUAGUGUCACAUCUAAAAGUCUAUUCCAUUGGACUCUCAGCAUUUAUGCAUUUGUCCAUCUUUUUAAAAAAAAAGCAACAAAGUGGUAAAAGUCUAAAAGUAUGAGGUGUCUACCACAAAGAUUUCAGGCAGGCCUGUCACGAUAAUAAAUCAGUUAACCACACGAUAAAUCAAAUUAACUCAAUAAUUUUGCCGGCCUCGAUAUACUGGCAUGUGCAUGUGUGUGUUUUCCUCCUCUCUACGAAACAGACUGGACAACAAGAGGGUUCACGCCGUGCAACUGUCACAACCUUGCGUUGGUUCUAUAGCAGAAUUAACUAUAGCGGGUUAUUUCUGGGGGGUUUUUGUCAAUUUUCGGACAGGAACAAAAGUGACACAGAUUCAAAAGUGAUUGUGACAUUUCUUUAAGUGCAAUUUUAUUUAAGUGCAGUUUUUACUAAAACAGAGUCCAUUUCAUUUCCAUUGGGGUUUUUUUUUGGUCUUUUUUAUCAUGUUUAAUUUAUUUUAUUUGCAUUAGGCUCUUGACAUUCCAAUUACAAUGUUAAAUACUCUUGAGAAAUUAAAGUUUAUUGCUUUUGAUACAGUGUACUUGCAGUAUUAUGCCAUAUUUUGUCAUAUAAAUAAUGUUGACAAUAAUACCGUUUACUGUAUGGUCAAUAAUUUGUAGGACAAUUAUCGUCCAGCAAAACUUGUUAUUGUGACAGGCCUAAUUUCAGGUAAUCUCAAGAGUAAACCAGGGGUGUCCAAACUGUGGCCCCGGGGCCAUUUGUAGCCCGCAGCUUGUUUUUUAUUGGCCCACGUCACAUUGAAGAAAUUUACCCCCCAAAAUGAGAAAAAUAAAGCAAAAUGUAAAAAGCUUAAAUGCUGAUACUUAACACUAAUAACAAAACAAAGCUUUGUCUUUAAAUAUACUUAAUUUUAUUUUUGACUUUUUACAAAAUUAAAAAACCUACAUACAAAUUCAAAGUGGCUCCCUGCAUCCUUUGAUUUUUACUAUGUGGCCCUCGGAGGAAAACAUUUGAACACCCCUGGAGUAAACAGUGUGACAGUUUACAGAUAAUGCAUACCUUUACAAAGCAAUGGUGCACAACACUGACAAAUGUCACAAUGUAUCAAGUCGGUACAACUAGCAUUUACAGGUGUGGCAGACACCUGGGAGUGGUUUAACUGUAUCCAAUACAGGAACUGUGAAUAUUUCAAACUGGCCUUGUUCCUUUUUUCAAUGUCAGUGUUAAUGUCAGUGUUAAUAUUUGUUGUCCUUACAUAUAUUUCAAGAACACACAUUAACUUUAAGACAUCCAAAUUCGUCAAGUCUUCAGAUGUUUGAUUCAACAGAACAGUGCCAAUCAUUAGUAUGCGAGUUUGCAGGCUAGCCGUUUACAGUUUUUGUGCCAUGCACUGUUUAAUAUGAAACCUUCCAAUUCACUUCUCAGAAUAUGACCGAACCCAAUCAUGUCCCAGCAUCCAAAAAACUUGCAAAAAAAUGUUAUAACUGCAAACACAUGCACUUUUCUGUACAUGUAGGCAGCUUUAAAGAUUAUUUACUGUAUAUGAUCUUAGAAUUUGUACACAGAGAUUGUUUUACAGGGAGUCAUAAUGGCUUAUUUUGGCUAACAGUGCAAUCAUAGCUGUACAAACAACACACAAGACAAUUAACAUGAAAAAAUGGCUAAAGUCCUGAGUCUUUGCAGUUAUAUUACUAAAAAGUGGAAUAAAGACAA